AUGGAAGUUUUACCGGAAGACUGCAUAGCACACAUCCUCUCCCGUGUGACACCUCAGGAUGUGUGUCGGUUUACAAUGGUGGCUUCCGCUAUUAGAGAUGCUGCAAAGUCACAGGUGUUGUGGGAUAAGUUCUUGCCACCUGAUUAUCACCAAAUCAUAUCGAGAAGUGUGUGUCCAUUGACUUUCGAAUCCAAAAAGGAACUCUUCUUUAAGCUUUCGGCUCCUAUUCUCAUUGACGGUGGCCUCAAGACAUUCUCGAUAGAGAAAGCAACGGGAAAGAAGUGUUACACUUUAAGUGCAAGAGAUCUUUAUAUCGCUUGGUCAUCCAAUUCUCUCUUUUGGUGUUGGAAACCUUGUACUAAAUCGAGAUUCUCCGAAGUUGUUGAGCUUAGAAUGACGAGUUGGCUUGAAAUUGAAGGGAAGAUCAACACACGGAAUUUGUCACCUGAUACCCAUUAUAGAGCAUAUCUCAUUACAGAAGUGGCUCAUUAUCGUGCCUUCGGGUUAGAUGUUUUACCAUGUGAGGUUUCAGUUGAAGUUGGUGAAAGCCAUUCACAGGGGAAGAUAAACUUCUCUCAUAACAAAUGUAUCAAGCCAUGCUUUGAGCGCACAUGUCGCCCAAACGAGGUUAAAGAAGGGUUGAGAUCAAACUUUGGAGAAUAUAUUUCAAGGUUUUGUCUUGAGCGAAAGGAUGGAUGGUUGGAGAUUGAAUUGGGUGAGUUUUACAAUGAUGGAAAUUAUGAGAAAGAGGUUAAAAUGAAUUUAAGAGAGGUCAAUGGUGUGCACUUGAAAGGGGGGCUUAUUGUUGAAGGAAUUGAAAUUAGACCUAUCUAG